CCAGUAAUAAAGUUUUAAAUGUAAUGAGCAAAUCAAGUUUAUGAAUUAGAAUAGAGCCAAAUACGUUAUGGGCCAAAAUCCAAUUAUCGAAUUUCAAAAAUAGCGCGCCGAGGCGCAUUCUCGAAUUCGCUCGUCGUUUUUGUCUUGAAAAGGUGACCUCUGAUUUGAAUAAUUGAACGUCUUGACGGGUAUAAAUCAGCCGCAAAAUAGCCGGUGUCGGGUAGCGAUAUAAAAUGGGCCGCGAAGGGAAGAGGGGUGAUGAAGGGCAGUUGAGAGGAAUCUAUAAAAAAUCCUGAAAAAUCUUCGGAACCGCGAAAUUCCAGUUUUUAAGAAUCGAACGGCAAUCGUUCACCCCCCAAUCGGUCGAUGGUGACGGUGUUUUUAUUCGGUUUUUUUUUUUUUUUCUAUCGCCCAAUUUGCCUUUCAGUUUCCUUAAUUUCCCUGCUAAUUAUUACCCUCAACGGUUGCCUUCGGGUUGGUCUUCCGUUGAGUGUGCGCCGUAAAAUCUGCUGUUCUGUCGUUGCUUUUCUUCCCGUAGAUCAUAGCGAGUGUUCUGCUAGUGCCGCACUAUCGCGCACCGUCCGCGGGUCCUGAAUCUUGAAUGUUCCCGAGUGUCGGCACCACUGGAUAAAUUAAACGAUAAUAAAACAUGGCUGCGAGCACGUCGAUUGAACACCAAUAUUUCUACGAGGACGUUGUCUACCGAGUAGACAAACGAGGUAAUGUAGAGUUCGGUAUUGUUAUGGCAAAUGACGACCCCGACUCAUCGGACGAAAGCUCGGACAACGAGGAAAGCCCCAAACGAAAGAAAGGGGAAAUUCGUGCGGUCUGGCACCCCUCCGGCGUCGAGGAACUCGUCAACUCAAAAAAGGUAAACCUAGCGGACAGAUCUUUGAUGCCCGGUGACGUUGUGCGGCGUAUGAUCAAAGGAAAAGAUACGCAGAGAGGCUACUGUCGAGACAUCGAAUUGACCGCAUGUGUUCAAGUCAUGGGGACUAAGCAAGUCUUGACCAACGUUAAAAGUGAAGACCUAGUUCCUCUGGAGGAAUUUACUGCCGAUAUAGCAGUGUGUAUGGAUUCUUGGGUCGGUGGAAUAAAAAUGGUUCACUCUAAACUUUGGCUGGCAAUGCCAGACGGAUCACGUUGUGUUAUAAAUGAGAUUGACGCUUGUGCUCUGGACCAGUUUGAGGAAAAGCGAGAAAAUGACAAUGAUUUUCCGCAUUUGUUGGAAUUCUAUCCAGGCCAGAGUUUGUGGGGGCCACUUCAUUGCUUAGAAGAUGCGCAGUGGAUUCUUUGUACUAAGGAAUUAAAAGCGAAAAGAAAGUCUAAGCCUCAAAAAAUAACCAAAGUUGUCGUCGAGAAAGUAGAGACUGAUUCUGUCGGAGUUCACUGGCAGUGCAGAGCAUAUUCCAAAGAUGGUGCAGGGAUGGAUCAGGCCCAACCAAACUUUGUAGUGCAAGGUGAUGAUCUCAAAAAAUUAAGACUGCUCAAUGUUUUCGAGCCAUCGACUCUACAAGUCGGUGACCGAAAUUUUUACGUGGUCAAAGAAAAUGAAAAUGUGAUUAGCCGGGAACAGUGGCGUAAACAGCAACGGGAAAUAUUCAAUAUCCCAAAACAUGGGCCGAGGAAAUCACGCGUCCAAAUAAUCACUAAACCCGCUGACUGGAAAAGUAAAAAUAUAGAUCGUCAAACAGCAGAUCGAAUGGAAGCUAAUUUGGCGAACAACCCUAUCAAUAAUACUCACAACUCUGUAACAAACAAUUCACUUAUACCACCUCCUCAAAAUACCAACGCUGAAAGUUCAGACGAUUGGGACACGGAAGAUACUGGAUCCCUGAGUGAUACAGCUUCGGUAUCGAGUGACUGUUCUUGCGUGACCUCAACGGGUAAAAAAAAGAAAGGUCCAGCUCUCAUGACCAAGGUUUUGAAGAAAAAAAAAUUGUGCAAGGCCAAGAAGAAGGUGGCACCCGUGCCGUUAGUUCCUGGAACAAAAAUAGUUGUGGAAACUCUGUCGACUAGCACAAAAGCUAAUGUUGUUUGGCAGGAUGGUUCCGUAGAAAUUGGUAUUCCAUCUACGCAGUUAUAUCCUAUACAUCAUCUGGAUGAUCAGGAAUUUUUUCCUGGUGACUUUGUCGUUGAUCAAAAAGAAGAGUCCAGGAUGUACGGCGUGGUGCAGAGCGUCGAUCAUCAAGGCAGAACAGCUAAAGUCAAAUGGUUCCGAACUUAUACGUCAAGUCAGAGCCCUCAACCAACGAUGUUACAAGAACGGGAAGUAAGCGUGUAUGAUUUGAAAGAUCAUCCAGACUUUCAAUACCGGCCGGGGACCUUGGUCAUUCGAAUAGCGAACUUUGAGGGUCAAGACGCUGGAUGUACAGCUGGGCAGGUCCUAGACAAUUAUCCAGAAGGACGAGUCAAAGUUUGGUGGGUCGACGGUCACGUCAGUAUGUGCUGGCCACAAGACUUGUAUAAAGUAGGUGAAUACGAUGGCGACGAAGGAGAACUUUGGGAUGACGUGUCGUCCGAAGCAUCAUGGGAAACCGAGUCAGAGGAUUGCUUUAUUGCUGAUACCGAAGGAGCAGAGCAAACGGAAAAUAUAAAACCAAAAUUAGCGGCCCACAUAGAAAAAGCGAGGAUCGCAAUGUCUAGGCUAGAAGAAAUUUUCACGCAAAAUCCAUCUCUACAAACUACGGAAGUGAUGAGACGACUUCUCGAAGUAUACAAAGAUUGUAGAUACAUGGACAAGUUGAUGGCGACUUCAUUCUUUCACGAAAGUCAUUUCCAAGGUCUUUUGGAACGUGUAAGAGAACGCGGUAGAGCGAAUGUAGCACAGAGGAUGGCUGAUCAAGUGACUCGAUUGUUCACCCAUCAAUCCGGAGGAACUGAAAUCGAUCCAGAGCAAGAUAAUAUCGAAAAUACUAAUAUUACUAACACAAACAAUCUGCAGACAACCACCAAUACCUCGAAAACAAAAAGUACAAAGCUAGUUGAAGAAAUGCCACAAGGUGGUACCCCUGCCCCGGACCCUGCCGCUAAAAAGCAAUCAAGUAAGGAAGAUGAAGAUGAAAUCAAUCAACUUUUCAUCGAUAUUAAUCCAAACCCAGAAGAUUCCGGUUUAUUUUCCGUGGAGAAUUCCAAAAAGGAAUGCGGCUCAAGUGAAUCUAGUGGAGAAUUCCUUCUCAGCGAAGACGUGAACAACACAGCCGAUCGCUCGCCUGCUCUCGAAACGUCGGAACCGGUGAAGGACGAGAGCGUAGACAAGGCAAAUGCCAGAAAUCAAGAAUACGUUGCCAACUCUCACGUUUGCGUGAAACUUUGUACAUUGAUAAAAGCUCAACUGGUGCAAGCUCAUGCGGAGGUUUCCAAAAGAUUUGGAUUGGCAAGAAUGUCGCUUUCCGACGCUGCGAACAAUUCUUCUCCUCAGAGAAAACAAAAAAAAGAGGAGAACAAGCCCAUCGAGCUUUUGUCUGUGCCGUCCGAACCUUCCGUUGAUAUCCCACCGCCAGUUUACAUGGAAGGCGAGGGCUUUUCGAUCGAGGACACUGCCCCCGAUAGCCACAAGUUCAAAUUGACCAUGUUUCAGCCCACCGACGCAUCAAAUUUCUUCAGAACCGUUUCCAAGGAAUUGAGGCUAUUGAGGAAUUCUCUGCCACCAGGUAUUUGGGUAAAAGGAUUCGAAGAUCGGAUGGAUUUAUAUUCCGUCAUGAUUCGGGGGCCAGAAAAAACGCCCUACGAAGAUGGACUGUUUCUGUUCGACUUUCAACUAUCGGCGGAUUAUCCUGCUGCUCCACCCUUGUGUCAUUACAUUUCUUACUGCAGCGACAGACUGAACCCGAAUUUAUACGAGGACGGAAAAGUCUGCGUCAGCUUACUGGGCACCUGGGCGGGUCGCGGCACGGAAAUAUGGACCAGUUCGUCGACUCUACUGCAGGUAAUCGUAUCGAUUCAAGGUUUGAUUCUCGUGUCCGAGCCGUACUUCAACGAGGCCGGAUACGAGAAACAAAAGGGAUCUCAACAAGGCCGCGAAAAUUCGAGAAUGUACAACGAAAUGGUAGUCUUGAAACUCGUUCAAGCUCAAACCAAACUCUUGCAACAUCCACCGCUGGUGUUCAAAGAAACUAUCAUCCAACACUUCAAGAGACACGCGCAGAAAUUACUCCAGAGACUCGAUUUGUGGAUGGAAAUAUCCGAGCAACACAACAACCAACACCCCAUGUCACCCAUCACCCCCACGACCUUCAAAGAGAUAGCCGACUAUGAUGACAAAAUUCUUCCUGAAUUUCCUCUAAUACCUGCAUCCAGGGGAUUUUGUAUCACGUUGCGAAAGACCUUAGCGACGUUCAAGGAUGUUCUUGCGAAGGAGAGUAUAACGAGCCGAGUAUCCGGGUCGUUGGGUGGUCUGAAUUCGAAGGAAUCGCAAAUAACGUCAAAAGAGUCGAUCGUCGGGGUAAAUAUAGAUGAUAAAAAUUCGGAUUCUUUUAUUAAACAGUCGGACGUUACAAAGACGAACGGCACUAAAGAGGUAAAAAAGAUAAAUUCUAACGGCCAGUGUCCGGAUAACGUGCAAAAGAAAACCGAAAUCACCACCUCGACGAGUAUUUCCGUCGCAAAUUUGAGCGAGACGAAAAAGAUUGCGCCGGAGCGUAACGCCAGCUAGCCACAAGGUAAAUCUAAACCUUUAGCUUACAAAAAUUAUACAAUUAUUCGGUAAUAUAUUAAUUGAAUUAAUAACUAUUCUUGAAAUCGAUAUGUUUAUAGUAUCUAUUUAUUGAAUGCAAACAUAGUUAUCGAUGCUGUGGUUAGUUAACACAGGUAAACUUCUGAAAGGGGUAAUUAGGUAAUCGACUGUAUUCAGUACCUUGUUUGACUUCAGAGAACAUGACAAUUUUCGAUCUGUAAACAACUUACGUUAUCUCGUGAAACGCGGCCUGAAAAAAAUACAGUUUGUACGUCAUUCACAAUACCACGGUGAUAAUUCGUCGUCGAUUAUUAAAAUUUCCAGACGGUCAUUGGACAUAAAGUUGCGUUACCUUCUCGUCAUUUAUUAUCGACGAACUUAAUCUUUCCAUCGAAUAGAGUGGACAAGAUAAUAAAAGAUUAAAGCUUUACGACCAAUCUCCGCAUCUGGUAACUCUGUCGCGAUAAAAGUCUACACGUUAACCAUUUCUAUAAUGAAACAAAAAAAAAAAAAAAACUUUUUCGACAUCCUAAAAAUACCACUCAAAUUUUUCCGAUACAGUUAACUAUAUUAUAUGAAAACGAAAAAUAAACGGUUACAACAAUGUGAAAGAAAAAGAAAUUAAUAAGUAGCAAUAUGCCAGAGCCAACGUUUAUUCGGUAAUAUAAUUGUAACAAUUAUUGCGACGCUAAAGAAAAAAGUAAAAAACAAAAAAAAAUUAAAUAAAUAACAUACGUGAAUAGAUAUUAAAUUAGAAUUCACUGACUUAAAUUCCUUAUGUUUCAGUCAUAUGAAAUCAUAUGCCAUCCACUAAUAUGAUAUAUUGAAUAAAAUUAUUAAAAACGACUAGAAGGUAGUGUUACUCUAGUUGCGAUUCAGGUAGCGAAACUUAUUCAGAAAUUAAAAGUUAAUUAUUAUUAUAGAUUAGAAGAAAAUAAAGACUUAGAUACUCUUUUCUCUUAUACAUAUUUUUUUUUCUCUUAUUUUUUCUUUUUAUUAAUUUGUAAACUUUUUUUUAUUUAUUCUUUCUAUUUUAUUUUUUCGUUUUCCUUUUUUUUUUUGGUAUUUGGCGUAAGAGAAAUCAUAGAUUCCAAUCUACGGCAACCGUUGUAAAAGUUUACUAUCUUAGAUUAUUGAAAAGCAAUUUAAUUGUAGUACUAUUAAUUAUUUGAAUUUGAAUGAUCGUAUAAAUUAAAAUACAUUUCUUCAGUAUUAUCAGGAUACGUGUGUUAGAUACGUAUUUUGUCUAGGGUUGUCGUGUGCACCUAGAAUUUGUCUGGUGAUUUUAUUAUUAUCAUAAUUAUUAUUAUUUUUAUUAGUUCUAUGAUUUUUGUAACGAAACUUUUUUUUUGUUUGUUUUUUUUUUGUUCAUUAUUACUUAUUUUAUAAAAUUUAUUAAAAUUUUUGUACCGCAAAUAUUCUGUAGUCAGUAAAUUGUCGUUUUCAUUAAAAUGUACAGUUUUGAUUAGUAUUUGAUUUGUUUGCAAAUUUAGUUGGUUCCUGUUCGAUAAAAUAUUGUUUGAAAAUUAGUGGCAGAAAGUAUAUUUUCAAAUUAGAUAAUCAAAGGAUCGUAAACCGUUCAUAUUUACAGAUGCAUAUUUAGUUGAAAGAAAUAAAGAGUAAAUAAAAAUAAAAGUAAUAGUUAACGCUGAUUUGCCUCUGGGAAGAAUCAGAUUUGAAAAUAUGUACAGAACAAGUUGUGAUGAGAAAGAAGGAAGCUAACUAAAAAUAAAGGAAAAUAAAAAGAGUGUAUGAUUGUACGUGAUUAGUGAGGAAUUUAAAUCUUAAGCAAUUAGUUUUUCAGUAAAUUGCCAAAGUUAUAUCGCGCCAGCUGCUAUACCUAUGUUGAUUCAAAAUCGAAUUCUCCAAGCAUAAUUUAGCAGCUCUGUAAUGGUGUGUGUUCCUACAAUUAUACUACGUCCUCAAUGCAUCUAAUUAUUGAUUUAUAUCAAGAUAUAUCGAUGAAAAACAGAAGAACAAAAAUAUUGAUUCCAUAAAAUGAUAAUAAUUUCCAAAUCCCGACGUUACUUAUCGUCUCUAUGAGCACUACAUCGUUACUGUUUAUCCCUCCCAAAGAACAGGUCUUUCUACGCUACAUAAUUUUAACUUUUUUUCAUUUUAUUUUUUUUAUUUCCUUCCUCCACUUCUGUCAACUAUCAAUGGUGCUGUUCACUGAAACAAAAAAAAAAAAAAAAAUACAAAACGAAAAAGAAAAUUACGUAAGUCAUACCGCAAAAACACGGACUUAUAUUGAAUAUGAACAAAUAAUAAAUAAAGUGAGUAAAAUGUGAAAAAAAAAACAUGGGAAACGUUGGAACGUGAUGUUCGGGAUGCCUUGUAUAUGUGCCAGCUAUUUAUAUUACUAUAAAUUUUACUCAUAAGCCAUAAGCUUUGUUUUUGCUCUACUGUGUUUUAAUCAUACUGUUGGGAAAUGAUUAAACGUAAUUUAUUACCAAUAAAUACUCGGCCCUAUGUUGUUUGUCUUAAAAAAAAAUAAAUAACUUGGUAUGGUAUAUUCAUUGAUAUUAUUCUAAAAUAAAUUAUGUAAUCUUGAUUUUGAAUCAAUAAAAGUCACUAAGCAAUUAAA